CAAUUUAUCAAUUGUACACAAUUGCCACUGAAGUAAACUUGUAAAGAUAUCAAAAAUUAACAAGGAAAACAAUCUUUGCUACAGAUGACUUGAGAUUCAGUCAAAUUUUGCGAACGUUAGACAAGUCGGAUAUUCAUUUAGUCUUGCUAUAACCGUGUACUACGACGGAGAGAAGGUAAAAAGAUGUUUUCCUUUCUUUGCUUAUUUCGAAAUUCGAAUUUAACGUGAAAUUAUGGAAAAAAUACGUAGAUGUGUGUAUUUACUCGGUGUGAUAAUAUUAAUUUUAUGCAUUUUUAUGGAGGCCAUAGAAGCGGGCUGGAGUGCUCAGUGCUGGCGGAAGCACAAUUCCGGUUCCAUACAAACGCCAGAUGGCGAGUUUAAACGUCCCAUUGGCAUACUGUGCACAUACCGUUGCAUGCUGUGGUUUCCACCAGUCUUUCCUUACUGCGAAUUCAUUUUCGAUCUGCGUUUAUCGCGCCAUUUCACCUCAUUCCCCGAUUGCUAUGAGAUACGCUGCAAUGAGACCUUCAGCUUCAUCGGAAACUGAGACUAAGCAAUUUUAUAAAUAUUUAGCAAAUUUAAUAAUAAUUAUUAUAAAAUAUCUUAAACUAUUUUUAAUUGAAAAUAAAAUAUUUUUUGAAUAUUUAUAUAUGCCAAAUAAUCGCAAAUAAAUCGUUUGAAAAUUUGUUGCAA